ACCUUGCGCGCACCAACGCCUACCACUAUGCGUUCCUAUUCUUACCAGCCGCUAACAGCCCUGCAGGCUGUUACCGUUCUAUGUCGUACAGAGACAAGCCUCGCUAGGGACGUUGUGACAAUCUAUGAGUUAAAUACAUGGUUAUUUCGCCAUGCUCCCAACCUCACCCAUCUACUGUCGCUUUCACGUCGCUCCUCGUUCAAUCUCUCGUUCUAUAGUAAUACAAGCAACACUUUAGUUGCGUCCACUCGCUCAUAAUGAGAUACCUCGCACUUGCCGCUCUUACCUCAAUAGCCCAGGCUGACUAUGUCUGGCCCGGGCCCAAUGACUACAUGGAGGACCUGCUCUACUUGCAAUCCGGUUUCAACCGUUUAGGCUUCAUCGACGGCAUCCUCUCCUGCGCUUUCGGACAGAAUGUUCGCGGCCGUCAGAACUCCGCCGAAUGGAUACGGACCGCGUACCACGAUAUGGCCACCGCGGAUGUCGAAGCCGGGACUGGAGGUCUUGACGCAUCCAUCAUGUUUGAGACCAAUCGCGGUGAAAACAAAGGCUCAGCGUUCAACAACACAUUCGGCCAUCUGCACAGCUUCUAUACCACCCGGUCGUCCGGUGCGGACCUGCUUGCCCUGGCAGUUGUUGGAAGCAUGAGUGUUUGUGGUGGAUACGACGUCCCUCUGCGCGUAGGACGUGUCGACGCCACAGAAGCGGGAAGAACUGGUGUACCCGAGCCACAACAGGACCUCGAUACCCAUACGAAGAUAUUUGCCAUGCAGGGAUUCAAUCAAACCGAGAUGAUUGAGCUCGUAGCGUGCGGUCAUACUCUCGGCGGCGUGCACCAUGAAGACUUCCCUGAGAUCACCGGUGAUGACACCGAAGGGAAUGUCACAGCCUUCGAAUACAACGAGUCACAGUUCAAAUUCGACAACAACGUCGUCACCGAAUAUCUAGCGAACAAGACAUCCAACCCCCUCGUCUCGGGCCAGAACGACACCAUGAACAGUGACAAGCGCAUCUUCGCCGCCGACGGCGGCGCCACCAUGCGCGCCCUCGCAAACCCAACCCACUUCCAGGAACGCUGCGCGCUGCUUAUGGCACGCAUGAUCGACACCGUGCCGUCGACUGUCACCCUCUCCGAGCCCCUGACCCCCAUCGACGUAAAGCCGUACAUCAACACCCUCGCCCUCAACGCCAACGGCUCCAUCGACUUCUCAGGCUCCGUCCGCGUGCGCUACGACGGUGACACAGGGCGCUCUGCUGACGAUCUAAGCGCGUACAUCACGUACGUCGACCGCGCGGGGAAGAACGUCUCCGCGCCGGUGCAGGCCGCACGCCCGAGCUGGGAGUCCGGUACCGCGCAAGGAUUCAACGGCAUCAAGUUCGUGUUCUUCGAGUGGGACACGCAGGUCGCUGCCGAUGCGGGGGUCAGUGCGUUUAAUUUCUUCCUGACUACUACGUCCACGGGGAAGACAGUUGAGUACGACAAUGGUGGCAAGGGGUUCCCGGUCAAGGACAAUGUGCUCUUCCAACAGAAGCAGUCGUGCCAGUCGUUCACGUCGAACGGGAGCGGAGGAUACGACGGGGCGCUAACGGUCGUGGCGGCCGUGCGGGACAGUGCUGUUUCUGAUGCUGAGUUGUCGGAGUUGGAGCUGCAUUUCGCCAGUCACGUGCCGCAGGGCGCGGUGCUGGAGCGAUUGGAGAACCAGGUGGAGAGGUUUGAGGCGACGGGGACGAAGAUGGCGGGGUACACGCUGUACGAGGUGAGGGAUAUGGCGAUCAAUGGGCAAAGCGACAGCACGACGUUUGAUAUCGUGCUGGGUGGAAAGGCGGCGGUCGAGUUCCAGAAGAACAGCGCGCUGUCGUCGCAGAGCUGUGUGCCGCUUGUGGAGUAGAGUCGUGAUGAGCAGAGUGAUAGACAUCCAACCAUACGUAGACAUAGACCCACGCGCAAGCAAAAC